ACUGACUGGUACUCACCUGUAUACUGACUGGUACUCACCUGUAUACUGACUGGUGUGAUGUGUUUAGCUAAUCGUAGCUUUUAGCUGCUGUUCUGCUAACGAGACGUGUCCUUGAUGAUGCUCGUCUCUCUCUUCAGACCCAACAGUCUCUCUAAAGACUCCUCACAGUCACAUCAGCUCUCUCAGGGCCACAGAGGUCACAGGGAACCCUCCCCUGAGGAGGAGCCCUCGUACAUGGAGGAGGAGGAGGAGGAGGAGGAGGAGCAGCACAGAGGCUACCACACCAACUACUCCCCCUCGCCUCCUCAUCAGAACCAGUACAGCCCCCCGCAGCGAGGAGGGUACCAGUCAGACGAGUACAGGAGCCCCGAGCAGGACCCCGAGCCCAGCCCUCCUCCUCCUCCUCCUCCUCCUGUCCGCCACGCCAAACCCAGCAAAGAGCCCAGCAAGAACCAUCACCACGGCGAGCGAAACAGGGACGAGGAGCGGCGGCAACGCAACGCUCAGACCAGCAGUGACCGAGGAGGAGGAGGAGGAGGAGGAGGAGACGCGAAGAAACCAGAGAGGCCGAAGAGUCCGGAGCAGAAGAAACACAGCAGGAAGUCCACGCCACACGACAGGAAGCAGGAGAAGAAGAAAUCAGGAGGAGAUGGACGACCACGAGCUCCCAAAGACUCCCCGCCGAAGGAGGAGGAGGACUUCGAGACGCCCACCAUGUCCUUCGAGUCCUUCCUGACGUACGACGCUCCCACACCGGUGAAGAAGAAGAAGAAACAGUCGCAGCCUUCGUCGUCUCACGCCCGACCGUCUCAGUCCUCCUCCUCCUCCUCCCGUCAGACCCCCGUGGCUCCGCCCACCCCCUCCUCUUCAUCCAAACCCAGCAAGAGAAGCAACGCCCAGAGCAGCAGGAGGCCUCGCUCGGACUCGGGUUCCUCGUCAGCAGAACCGAAAUCGGAGAAACGCAGGAGGGUGGUUGAAGCUCUCCCCACCCUGCCUGACAUCCCCCUGCCAGCCAUCCAGCCCAACUACAGGCCCCUACCCUCCAUCGAAACGCCGCUCUCCCCUCAGAGACGCAAAGUUCUGGUGAGCAACGACGAGGAGGAUGCGGGGUUCACCGGGAAGAGGUUCAACUCCAAGAUGAUGGUUUAUUCGGGGUCCAAGACCUCCUACCUGCCCAAGAUGAUGAGUCUGUACCAGCAGUGCAUCCGGGUYCUACAGAACAACAUCGACU